GCGGCCAAGCCCGCCGUUUUCGGCGAAGCGGCUCCGUCGAAGCAGAUCGCUCAAAAAACAGCGCAGUCUUUAGGGAGCAGUUCUUGGCACACCUGGGCUUUCACUCGGGCCCGGCGCGGCCGCCAGGCAGUCUUUAGGGAGCAGUUUUUGGCCCGCCUGGGCCUUAACUCGGGCCCGGCAGUCUUUAGAGAGCAGUUUUUGGCCCACCUGGGCUUUACUUCAGGGGCCGGCGCGGCCGGCAGGCAGUCUUUAGGGAGCAGUUUUUGGCCCACCUGGGCUUCAACUCGGGCCCGGCGCGGCCGCCAGGCAGUCUUUAGGGAGCAGUUUUUGGCCCGCCUGGGCUUCAACUCGGGCCCGGCGCGGCCGGCAGGCCCAGGGGAGAGAGAGAGAGAGAGAGAGAGCGCGCGUAAGAUACAGAAGGGACCGAAGGCAGUUCCGAAGCUCACCUUGGCUCAGAGAACACUGCUGCCAAAACAAGCGCAAGAGAGCGAGAUGGCCGCCGUCGCAAUGGCCGCGUUGGCACUGGUGGUCGCCAACCACGGUGAAGAGCCCGAGGGCGCCGCGGCUGCGCUGCAGCUGUCGGUCACCGCGCCGGCCUUGCAGUGGCCAAGCCGCGAGGCGGCACUGGGGCACAAGGCGGUGUUGGCCCUAGUGGCGGCCACUCGCUGGUGGUCGGUCGGCCGCUGCCGGGUCAGCUUUGAAGGCUUUCCGGGCGACGGAGAGGUUCCAGCCCCACGCGGGACGGGGAUCGACUCUCUGACCGCCUGGUUCGAGGUGAGCCCCUUUCUACCCCCUGUCCUUCUAAACAUCCUCUUCUGGACCUCCGCGGUAGCCGUGUGGCACCGCCACCACCGCCCGGUGGUGGGCACGCUGGAGGUCCACGGCCACCUCGCGUUCCCCGGCGGCUACUCGGCCGUGGUCCUCUUUGAACUGAGCGUCACCCGGCUUCCUUCCGACGACGGGCAGUCGGAGGGUGGAUCACUACCCUCGACCCACUCUGUCUUCGGGACCUCGGAGGAGCAAGAAGUGGAGGUGGAAGCCGAAGUCGAAGACGAAGCGGAGGAAGAGUUUGAGGAGGUGGAGGUCUACGUUGCGUCAGCUCUUCGACGCCCGGCUGCACGGCCCUUAGUACGGAGGACACCGCCCAGUGGCACCGAACCCGCCACGCAUGACAGCAGCAGCAGACCCGUACCGUCGCUUGAGAUCACCAAGGCUGCCGCCUGCAAUCCAAUUUGCAGACGUGGACCCAGAGGUAGUCUAUGUGCCAAGAGUGCGGCAGGAUGGCACGCAGAUGCAGCAUCGGAGCGGUCCGUCCCCGCGGUUGCAGUGGACGUUGUUUUGCACCGAUGGGGCCGCUACUGUCGUGUGCCCACCGCAUUGCUUGGCCUGAUGGCCCUUUUCCUCAUGAUCCACCUCUUCGAGACGGAUUCCGUUCAGCUUGCACAGGCAAUCCAGAGUCUGAUCGUCACAUGGCUGCCUCCAGAUGGCUUUGGGAACUGGCAACGUCCAGGGCCUUCGGUUUCCAUCAUUGACAUGCCGCGCGCCUGCAAGGGGCUGGACAGCAACCCCGUUGUGCCGUGUGUCUUUGGCAAGAACGGGCGGCCAGCGGCCCCCAAACCCGGCAAUGAGCGGUGUUCAUGGUGCGACCUGGCCCUUUUGGAGAAUGUCUCCAAGAACCCCAGCGGCCGCAGCCGUCUUCGUCAAUUGUUUUGCAACUUCACCCCAGAAGUGGCGGCCAAGGCUUUGCUCCGCGUCCCUGAGGAAGUGAAGCACCAUUUCGGAACCGAGGAAAUGGAAGCUCUUCGAAAGACUGCAGAAGAGCGAGCAGCGGCUGCCCGAGCACGGAAAGAGGAAGAAGCGCGCAAGCAUGUUGCGGCUUUGGCCAAAGCCUCGCCGGCGUUUGCUGCUCGGGCCCGCUCGGCUGGCGCCCUUCCGGCGGAGAGCACGGAGGAAACUUGGAGCUCGAGCUGCAGCCUUGCCGCCCGCAGCGAAAACAGUCUUGCGAUGGUCCAUUUCGUGGAGAUCACCUUGCUGUACAGCCUCGAAGAAUUCCUGGGAUGGGUGCCAGCACGUUUUUUGCACCAGCCCCACCGAAGCGCCAGAACUACGGAAACGACCCUGCGACUGCGACAAGCGUUGCAGCGCCUCGAGGGCACCCGAGGCCCAGGCACGCACGCCCUCGACUACACCACGCUGACAAGAAGGCUUUGGGCGCAAACCAUCGGGUUUCUCCGUCAGUUUCGCACCCCCGCCGGCGUGCAAGCCCGCCGCCCUUCGGCAUUGGGCGGGCAGCCCGUGCAAGACGUCGUGGUUCGCUACGUGGGAGCGCAGGCCUGGCACCAGACCCGCUCGCGUGCCAUCGCCCCAGACGAGCUCCAGGGCAUCUUUCCGCACGGCGGUUCAACCGAGCACUACGCUGGCUCCGAACACGCGGGGGACGCUUCGGAUACAUGGAAUCCACCGCCUGUCACCGGGCUAGCAGGGUGCGAAGUGUUUGCGGUGGAGUGCGUUCUCUGCGGGCUCGAAGUAUCGCUCCGGAUGACGUACCGCACAGUGCUGCCCAGUGAUCAAGCAUAG